UCAAACAUCCUAACUUUAUCCAUUCGUUAAGAGGUAAUUUUGAUUCGCGGAUAUCGUUUCAUCGACCAGUGGCAAAUGGGCGUAAUUACAGGGACGUACCCAGCACCGCCGCCGGCGUCAAGCCUGAACCCGAACGCCCCGCCGUUCGUGCCGGCGGCGUACCGGGCGGUGGAGGACUUCUCCGAGCAGUGGUGGGCCCUCGUCCAGUCGUCCCCUUGGUUCCGGGACUACUGGCUCCAGGAGCGCUACUCCGACCCCCAGCUGGACGACUUCGGCUCCGAUUUCGACGACUUCCUCCUCCUCCCUGAAGACCUGGACGUCUUCGACGAUUACGACUCUCCGAACCAGGAGGACGGGAAGAAGGACGAUUGCACCGAUCUGGUUCCGAUCGGGGGGUUCAAAUGGAGGAAGCCGAAGGCUGAGAGGCCCAGAUUUGCGGAGAAGGCCCCGAAGAUCGUGAGCGCGAAGGUGAGCCCGAGGAUGAUCCAGCAGCCCAGGUAGAAUGAGUCGCCGGAAGCACCGAGUUUAGAUGUCUGAGUUGCCCGUUUUCUUUGUACAUAGAGAAGAACUGACCCGUCGUCGUUUGUGUCUGUUCCCUUUGUGUUGUUCAUGAGUACGAGGAAAAAAAAUCAAACACUCUGUGGUGUCUGUUGUUGUUGUUUGAUGACAAAUAAAUAAAAAUGUUAACACCAAAAACAAAAAAGAAAAAAAGUUGAAAAUUUUGGCCUUGCAGA